AUGGCGCGUCCGCUCAAAAAGUGGCUUAUCCGACAUCGGGACAAGCCAUACCCGAGCAAGGCCGAAAAGCUGGCUUUGGCCCUGGGCUCGCACAUGACCCUGGAGCAGGUCUCCAACUGGUUCGCCAACGCCCGGAGGAGGCUGAAGAACACCGUGUUCUUGCCGGGCAUGAAUUGGGGGGAUCGGAUUCGGCGAUACAACAACUUCAUCUCAGGCAACUCGGAGCCGUUGAGCAUCAGUUCGGACGACAGCAUCUGGGACAGCGAGUGCGACUCGCGCAACAAUGAUGAGGACUUCGCGGACGACAAUGGCCGGGACAACCGACAACCAGCUCCGCUGAACCGCUGCCCAAACUCCAGAUCGGACCUGUGCGAGCACAGCUACUCGUCCGCGGCGGUGGAACCGUGGGCGGAAGCGACGUCGGACCGCCAGCUUCCCAAAAACAAACCUGCACCGCUCAAGCGAGGGCACCCCCAGGACGAGAGGCCAGGCCAGCCGGAGUCGAACAACAAGCGAGCGCGCCUGGCAUACGACUCUGACUCGGCCACGGACGAAUCGUCGACGACGACGGCGACGCCGACGCCGGACACGUCUUGCGGUCUCCCCACCGUCACUGGCAUCCGUCGGCGGUCCUCGGACGCCGACGAGUCUCGGCGACCGUACAAGAAGUACAAGACGACCAUGCUGCUCCGCUACAUUGGUGCCGACUUGGGCCAAGAAGAAGAAGAGGAGGUGGAUGGGGAGGGCAGGUUUCGCGGGAAGGAGGUCGACCGCCAGCCAAAGAGCACCAACAGGGCGCCUCGAGACAGCCAGAGGGACAGGCGCAAACCAGAAGCUGUCAAGGAACGUCGUCCUCCAGCAGACGGUGAGGUUCCCUUCGGCGGCAAUCCACGCGUCUUCGCGGAUGUUUGUGCGUAA